ACAUUACCCGUGCAAAAAAAAUUGUGGAAAAUUGAAAAAAAUCAUGGGAUUGGGUUUGUUUUUUUCUAAUAAUUUCUUUUUCGUUUAAAACAUCUGUAUCGUAAGUUAAAGAGCGACUUUUCCUAUUCACACCUGCUUCAUUCGUCAUGUUAAAAUUGUCAAGCUCCUAAGAUUACCCUAUUUUAACACGCAAUAUUUAUCUUAUUCAAAGUGAAAGUAUUUAAUUUUUUCUUUGAAAAUAAUGGUAAAUUUGGAAAUUAAGCAGCUGGUUAAUAAAGCCAGGUUUCCAGAAAGUGAUGGAAGAAUCAUUUUAAAUGUGCUCUACUUACCCAUUGGAUUUAUAUUGUUAUUUUUAAGGGGCAUCUUUGCAUUAAUUCUAAUGUUAUUAGGCCAAGUUCUACCCGAAACUCCACCCAUUCAGAGCUUCUUAACGAAUUUGGCAUGUAUUUGCUUUGGUAUAACAGUGUCAGUAGAAAACAGUAAAAAGAAAGAACAUGUAGAUGUCUUUGUUAGUAACAGUUUGUCCAUUUUUGAUCAUGUAGCUGUUAGUAAAGCUGUUGGUACAGUUUUACCUCUAACCAAAACUCCAUUAAAAAACCUUCCAGCAUUUGGAAUCCCUGAUUUAGGGUCAGUAAAUAAUACAGAUACAUUUAAGAAGAACCUUGAAAGCAUUAGCAAGGAAAAGAAUGUGCCUAUAUAUGUGUGUCCAGAGGAAGCAUCUACUAAUGGUAGGGCCCUACUGAAAUUCAACUCAAAAUACUUCAAAUUUUUUCAAAAAGUUCAGCCUCUUUGUAUAACUAUCAAAAGGCCAUUAUUUGACUUGUCCAUAUCAACACUAAAGUCAACCUGUCUUAAUGAUAUAAUUUACUUUAUGUAUUCACCUUUUACCAACUACAGCAUCAAAUUCUUGCCUUCGAUGGAGAAAAAGUGCCUGUCAGAAGAUGAAUUUGCUGAAAUUGUUAGAGAAAAUAUUGCAUCGGAGCUAAAGAUUGAAGCAACUAAUUUUUCAUCAUCAGAUUUGUCAGAAUGGAGGAAAAGACAAAUUGUGGAAGAGAGAAGGAGGCAACUGGAUAGAGCCAACAUGCAAUACUUAAACAAUAGAAUGGCGAAUCCAGAGUUGGCCAGGAUGGCCGCUCAAGUAAAGGAGGUUUUGCCACAUGUUCCUGUUACUGCAAUUUAUAAUGAUUUAGCAUUUACUCGCAGUGUGGACACAACAAUAACGAACAUCUUGGAGGGCAGAGUGCGUUUCGUACCAGAGUCGAACUCCUCAAAUGCGACAUCGUCAUCUUCCGCGAGACCAGAAUCCUCCUCCUCGUGCUCCUCUUCUUCUGCUUCACCGACAAAGGGCGGCAACGCGGCCGCCCCCUCCCAAAUCAGUGUGGCCGCCUCCACGUUCGGGAAAACGGCGACGGAACGAACCCGAUCGUUCCAAGAACGGAAAGAGCAGCUGAUCGCCGCCGCCCGGAGGCGGUACAUCGAGAAACACAAUUUGGAAAAGAACAUCCCGUUGCAGCUGCUCUGAUCACUUUAACAUACAAAAGUUGAGUUCCCCUUUAGUUUUUUUCUUUAUAUACGUAGUUAUAUUUUAAUUUAUUCGGCAAUCAGAAUCAAAUAAUGGUUCUCCUACGGUUCUUUAUAUUAUGGCGAACGUUUUCCCUUAAUUUAUGAGAUCCAUUAUAUAGCUUCGAUGCAAUAACUAUUUGCUAGUUUUUUUUUGGACUGUUACAAGCAUAUGACUUAAUUAUUUAAUCAAAAAAUCAAGCGAAAUUUGAGGUUUUAUAUUAUGAAUUAAUUGAAUCCUAGGCAAGAGAUAGACAUAUUAUAUUGUUGAAAUAUGUAGCUACCCGCUCACUAUACCGGGCGUUUCUCAAUAGUGGUUUCGAUGAAUCAUUUUUGGGAGGUCCACUUUUAAUAAUAAUUAAACUUUCUUAGUUAAGCAUGCAAAAAAACUUUAUUUUCUUAUUAAUCAUUGAUUAUGAUGAUCUUUUUUGUUGUUUUAAGUAAAUAUAUAAAUUAUUAAAAAAUCCUAAAA